UACUAAAUAUUUUUAUUGAAUUUCAAAGGGAAACACAUUGACAGUGAAAAAAAAUGACCGGGAAAACUAAAAAUAUGGAUAAUAAUUUACCACUACCUCCUGAUAAAAUGCCUAAAUGUUGGAACGAAGAAGAAAGGAUUAGUGCUUUAUUUUCUCCUUUUCGGAGUAAAUCAGCUAAUUCACAAGAUUGGGUAUCAAAAUAUAAAUUUUGGCAAAAUUUAAUUUAUGAAUGGCUAAAGCACACUAAAAGGAGCAGUUUUUCUAUUGUAGAUUUGAAUAAUGUCUUUAAAAGAAAAGGUUGUUCACCACUUUGUUUAGUGACUGUUGUUGAAGAACUUCUUCGGAAGAAUGAAAUAAUUCCAGAGAUUCAAUUUUUGAAGGAACCUUGCGAAACAUGGGCAGCAUGGUCAAUUGAUAUAUUUGUAAAAAAGCCACUUACAUGGUCAUUUUCCAAAGUUAAAAAUUAUGUUAUUAAUAAUGAAAUUAACAAAGAUACUAAAUAUAUACAUUUACAAAUUGUUAAAGAAUUAGGAGAUACUUUAGUUUCCAUUUUAGAAAGGAAAAAAGAAAGUAUUCUCGUACCAUUUUCUGAGCUAGUAAAAUGUUGUAAAUUUGAAAUAGAUGAAAAUAUAUCAGAUAAUACUGUGAUGUUAAUUUUAAUAUGGUUAAGACGUGAAAAAAGAGUAAUUUUUAGAAAUUGUAAAAAUGAAAGUGAAUUAUUGAUUAAAAUUGCUAUACAUCCAUCAGAUAGUGUAACAGAAAUUGAAGAAGGCUUAUACAAGUUAAUGAAACAAGAAAAUGAACUUAUAAAAGAAAUGGAACUUAUGGAAGAAGAAAAAAUUAAUAUUAUUAAUGAAACUAAAUCAUAUUUAGCUAAAGGGUUACGGCAAGUAGCAAAAACAUAUCUGAGGAAAAAAAAAGAAUUAGAAAAUAAUAUUGAAAAACGUGCACAAACUCUUGAUAAUAUUCAGACUCUUAUAACAAGUAUUCAAAACACUUGCACAAAUACUACUAUAUUAUCAGCUUACAAAACAGGAUCAGAUGUAUUAAAGAAACUUAAUGAGAGUAAUUUAUCAGAGUCUAAUGUUAAAGAUAUUAUGGAUGAUCUUUCAGAAGCUUUGGAAGAGCAAAAGGAAUUACAAUCUAUGAUGUCAGAGUCUUUUGUAAAUGAUGAUUCAAAUAUUGAUUUAGAACAGGAAUUGGCAGAAUUAAUGAACGAUAAAAAUGUUUUUCCAUCAAUACCAAAUACAGAAUUAAAUUCUAACAUCGAGGAACUUCAAAGCAAUUUGGAAAACUUACAUAUUAAAGAAGCUGCUGUAUUGAAUAUAUCACCAGAAUUACCAAAAAAGGUUCACAAUAAAAAAAUAUUAAAACAAUCUGAACGUGCAUGA